AUGCCGCCUGAACUUUCUGUGCGCGCUGCCACAGCCCACAACCAUCAGCGCACUGUCCAGAAGCACGAUACAAGCUCCCAAUAUGCGCACCCUUCCACUGAUUCCCUCGAUCCUCGAACUGCUUGCAAACUCUCCGCGUUGCUCACCCAUCACCAGGCGGCAGUGGUCAAUUUUGAUGGCCCCAGUGAUUCUCCUCUGGGUGAUGGUGUACGGCGAGUAACUUAUCCUCGCUCGGUUUCAAUCACUGAAAAUUCGUCUAUGCCGGUCAUCGAUCUUAGAGGAGAUAAAAUCUCGAUCACCAUGUGCAUCACCCACAGCAGCAGCCACAAAAAGUUACCUACGACGAAAUACUCUCCAUCUCUGCUGCUUGGUCUACCGAACGAGACUCGAUUCAAGAUAUUCAAUCACAAAUAUCUCUCCAUCGAUGAUUUGCGUAGCCUUCGCCUUGUGUCGCAUGAGACGAAGGAAUUAGCUACAGAGGUCCUUAGGCGUCUUUGCUUUACCCUUCUGGACGUCCUUUAUACCACACGCCAUGAUAGAUCAACAGAAUCAACAAGACAGCUCACGCUCAUACUAGCCUCCGAGUUCGGCUUUUUCAUUGAAGGAGUUACUUUUGACACACUGGGGUUGAACCGCGAAAACAGAUUGAAAGAGGAAAAGCAUAAAGAAAGAAGAAAAAAGGAAGAGCACGAGCGGAGGAAGAAAAAUGCCCUUGGUGGACUGCGAGGGAAGGAGGAUGUCAACUACUCACGACUGGAGAAUGGUCGAUGGUCCGAUCUCCUCUCUCACCUGUAUGACGAUCUUGACUCCAUCAGAAUUCCGAACAUCAAGACUGUCUACCUCUGUCAGGACGAGGAUAUCGAUCACGAUGCCCUGGAAAAAGCACCUGAUCCAGAACUCGAAGGAAGACAAUUCAUUGAAGCUAGAUGCAGAUCGAUGAUGGAGGAGAGUCAGAUCUUGGUUGGUGAAACUGCAUCGACUCUGAUUGGCAAGGAAGCUCUAAAGAAACUACUCAUCAAUCUAUGGGCCGUGCUAAGGUCGAAAUUGGUUGACUUAAUGGUUCUACAAGGAGCAUCUGGAAGUCAGAGGAUGUACGAUGCGAUUGUUUUGCAGAACGACCCUUCACCUUAA